GGGACAGCCGCCUUUUACAAUUGACAGAAUGUGAUUACAUUAUCGUCAGCUUUGCAUCUCAUCUAUGAGGCAAUUCCAAUAACGCAUUUAUGUAAUACCAAAAAAGUACCAAUUUUAAAAUUGCUUGCUACUACAUACCUUCGGCAACCUGAUCAAAGUGGAGUACCUAACAGUUAACCUUACAAUCGCAUCGUACCAUGUGGUAUCUACCUGGUGCCUUCUGAUAUGCUAUCGGACCUUCCGCUGAGCAACGAAUUUUUGUCCCAAAAAAUAAUCGCGAUAGAUAAUACAACUAAAAAGCGAAAAUGGGAGGACAGUGGCAACUUCACUCACUGUGAAUCGAGUAUCAUGUCUCCAUCAAAUAGAGCAGGUAUCAAACAGCUUGAAAGUCAAGGCGGCCCUUAUAAGUCAUUGUACGGUUCAUCUGAUCAGCUCAUUAUUAUUGGUGAUGGUGAUGCAACAGCAGACAACGGCUUUUAUGACUUGAGCGGAAAGCUUUUGCGUGGCAGGCCAUUUGUCAAUGUGAAUCAUUCAGCUGAACUAUGCGGCAAUGAACAGCUCGUUUCUGGAAACCGCGACGAACUUACUACACCUGUUACAUUAACUACGUUGGAUAACGCCAGUAUACUGGAUGACAACUACCUAUACGGCCACAUCGAUGAACUAGGACAACUGAUGUCAUCUGGUUGCUACCCAGUGGAAUUGUCCAUCACUCCGCCACCUAAUGCACAACCGACAAGUUGCAGUACGUGCCUGGCUGACCAUUGCAUUCGCCAUUAUUCGAACCAAGACGCUGACCAUCUUGAUCCCUAUACGACAGGAUUUCCCUGCGCUGCUCCAGUGCAUUCUAAUCAGACCUACAACGAAAACCCUAUUCACACCGUGAAUCCAUAUUACUGCAAGGAGCAAAGUGCUGAAAUGGGGUCAGGUGUAGCGCAUGCACUCCCUUUCACAUGGAUGAGCGGAACAGAUGGUGGAGAAUCUUUGCAAUGUCACCUAUCAGACACAAAUGAUCUCUUUGCCACACUGCAUUCGUCCGACUGUGCGAGUCAACUGGCCAGUACACUCUCGACCAAUGAGUCAGAUGUUCGCGAGACCCCGAUGGACGAAGUUUGCACAAGCUGUGAGCUGAACGAAUCCGUGACCUACAUGGGUCAGCAAAGGAAAGAUGAGUCUAUUACGAAAGUCGAUUCGUACAGCAUGGAUGCUCAGGAGGGACUUCGACGCGAUAGACUGACUGGGAAAUUUAAGCAAUCCACGCACUCAAAACAACCCACAAGCUCAGAGAAGUUUUGUAAAGUGUGUGGUGAUCGUGCGGUGAAUCACAAUUUCGGACAGCUCACUUGUGAAUCAUGCAAGGCGUUUUUUCGGAGAAAUGCCCACAAACUACUACCCACUCUUCUGGACUCCACGUUCGAGCAUACAAACGCUAUCAACAGUGAGAUGGAACUAUGCUUCCUAUCGUUGGGUCGGCCCAAAAUGGGAAUGGAGUUGACCUGCACCUCAAAGACCGGAGAACAUGAGAUUACGCCGGCAACACGUCGCGAGUGUCCAGCAUGCCGCUUGAAAAAGUGCUUCAUGGUUGGCAUGCGGCCCGAUUUGAUUCAAGUGAGGAAGAAAGAUGGCAGUAAACCGCGGUGGCUUGAUAAGGUACCUAGCGCCGCAAUCGUACACGAAAAGCAUUGCACUCAAGCAACCGAACUGGCCACCAAGAGCUGCCUUCCAUUUGAGGCCAAACAGAAGCAUUCCGCUGCAGAGUUCGGACCAAGCAAGCACGUGCGCGAGUGCUGUGAUGAUGUGUGCAGCACAGAUAGCGGUAGCUGUAUCUCCAUCAAUACCUCGGCAGUGACAGCGAUGCUGGUCGACAAUGUCACUGGAUCGUUGGGUGGAAAUGGUCCGACGGUUGAACGUUUAGACGGCGACGAAACAGUGUGGUCAGCUAAACACGCAAUACCGAAUCCCCAAAUCCAACUACCUAUAGCAGUAACAGAGGCCAGCGAUUUUCCUCAGUUGCAUCAUCCCAACGUAGACUUGUCGAAGCGGCUUGCAGACUCGCAGUUGGCAACCUGUCAAAUUCAUCUAGACCAGAUUGAUUACGAGGCCACCUUGGAAGAGACAAAGGAUAAGUUACUUGCCUCGGAAACUUUGGUUCCAUUAAGUGAAAAGUGUACACCUACUGCGAACUGUACAGAGGCAGCCAACACCAGCUGCUCGCAGGCAUUUACUGGGGAAACCGAGUCAUUCCAACCAAUGUGUAUUGCAAAGACGUUGGAAACUGGCCCAUGUUUUCAAAAGGACCCAGCCCUUGCGUCGUCGGUGAACUCUGCCGAAACACGAAUGUUGCGCACCGCAGAUGAUUUCAUCUUGUUGACAAACACACCACGCUUGAUUGUGCCAACCAAUUUGGUUACCAUCCAGCCUACCACUUUGGUAACACCGAAUCAGCUCCCCGUUCCCUCCGCGCCUAAUCUACAGUCCACAUCGACCAACUUUGGCCUCCAAGUCAGCCAUCUGGAUUUGGCCCAUCCAUCCACAAGUCCUCCAGUCCGGUAUGCUGCCUACGCAACGCUACCACCAGAACAAACCGUACAUACUGGCUUAGAGCCCAAAGGAGCACUGGUUGGGAACCCUAAGCAAUUAGACGGUGAAUCAGCAAUCACACCACUUUGGUCUCCGGUUUCCUCUACAACAAUUUCAAGCAGUGUUCUACGCAUUGCCAAUUCCAUGCAGACGAUGGUGCCUGAUUUAACUACAUCGUUACCCACUUGCGUCUUGACUAACUCUAUUCAACACCUGGCACCAAUCACCGCAAUAUCUGUGCAAGGUGUCACCCCAAUGAACCUUCCAGAUUGCUCCUCGGUCUGCAUAUCGGGGACCACUUUACCCAUCUCCGUCAAUAGUGCGAGCAGUAAGCCAGCGAUAGUUCAUGCGCGAACUAUGACAACACCUGCCCAACCCACUCUAGUGUUUCACAAUCCAGCAGAGUCGCGGAUCUUGUUGACUCAGCCUUCCUCGUAUAUUGGAGUGCUUUCACACCCGCUAAACUGGCCCAGUUUGACAUUGGCAUCUGAUGAGACACAGCAACCCAAUUUGAGGCAAACAAACUCGAACUGGACAGGAUUGAAGUCAAGUACUCCGUUCUCCUCGGAGAUAGAACAAUCGAGCACGGCGCACUGGCAGCAACUGCGAGCUACUGAUCACGGUAAGUCCCAUUGA